AUGGACAUCACCACCCGCAAACCACAGAACCUCGCCAUUCACACGAGCCCCAAGAACGACCUCCGUCUCGUGGAAUCAGAGAUCCCUUCUAUCAAACCAGAUGAAUGUCUUAUCCACGUCCGCGCCACGGGCAUUUGUGGCUCCGACGUCCAUUUCUGGAAACACGGUCGUAUCGGACCCAUGAUCGUGACGGGGGACAAUGGACUCGGACACGAGAGUGCAGGCGUCGUGCUGAAAGUAGGCGAGGAGGUGAAGAACUUUAAACUUGGUGAUAAAGUGGCCCUCGAGUGCGGCAUUCCGUGCUCCAAAGCUUCCUGCUCCUUCUGUCGGAGCGGUCAAUACAACGCCUGUCCAGACGUGGUGUUCUUCUCCACCCCUCCUCACCAUGGUACUCUGCGCCGAUACCACGCGCACCCAGAAGCUUGGCUUCACAAGCUCCCAGAACACCUAUCUUUCGAAGAAGGUGCACUGUUGGAGCCACUCACUGUUGCGUUGGCGGGUGUGGAUCGCUCGGGUUUGCGCCUUGCUGAUCCAGUCGUGAUCUGCGGCGCCGGGCCGAUCGGUCUGGUGACACUGUUGGCGGCAAAUGCGGCGGGCGCGGAGCCGAUUGUUAUUACAGAUGUUGAUGAGAAUCGGUUGCAGAAGGCGAAAGAAUUAGUAGGUAGGGUGAGGACAGUGAAGGUUGAGAUUGGUGAGACGGCGCAGGCCGUGGGCGAGAGGAUUGUGCAGGUGUUGGGCACGGAGGCGAAGUUAGUGAUGGAGUGCACCGGGGUAGAGAGCAGUAUGCAGGCGGGCAUUUAUGCAACGCGCUUCGGAGGCACCGUUUUCGUGAUCGGAGUGGGCAAAGACUUCCAGAACAUACCAUUUGGGCAUAUGGCAGCCAAAGAGAUUGAUCUGAGAUUCCAGUACCGGUAUCAUGAUAUCUAUCCGAAGGCGAUUAGCCUGGUGGCGACGGGGAUGGUGGAUUUGAAGCCGUUGGUCUCACAUCGAUUUGCGCUGGAAGAUGGGAUCAAAGCAUUUGAUACGGCGAGCAAUCCGCAGGCGAAGGCCAUAAAAGUUCAGGUUGUUGAUGAAUAG